CCCCGGCCCUCGGCUCCAGGGCGGGGCGGAGCGGGCUGCUCCGAGGCCCCGCCCCCGCCUGCCGCCACCAGCCCCGCCCCUCCCGCUGCUGCCGGCUCUCUUCGGCCCCGCGGUGCGGUGCGCGCCUGCGCUGGCCCUAGACUCGGAGCAGCCAUGAUGGAAGGCCUGGACGACGGCCCCGACUUCCUCUCGGAGGAGGACCGCGGACUUAAAGCAAUAAAUGUAGAUCUUCAAAGUGAUGCUGCUCUGCAAGUGGACAUUUCCGAUGCUCUGAGUGAGAGAGAUAAAGUAAAAUUCACCGUUCACACAAAGAGUUCGUUGCCAAAUUUUAAACAAAAUGAGUUUUCUGUUGUUCGGCAACAUGAGGAAUUUAUCUGGCUUCAUGAUUCCUUCGUUGAAAAUGAAGACUAUGCAGGUUAUAUUAUCCCACCAGCACCACCAAGACCUGACUUCGAUGCUUCAAGGGAAAAACUGCAGAAGCUUGGAGAAGGAGAAGGGUCCAUGACAAAGGAAGAAUUCACAAAGAUGAAACAGGAACUGGAAGCUGAAUAUUUGGCAAUAUUCAAGAAGACUGUUGCAAUGCAUGAAGUGUUCCUAUGUCGUGUGGCAGCACAUCCUAUUUUGAGAAAAGACUUAAAUUUCCAUGUCUUCUUGGAAUAUAAUCAAGAUCUGAGUGUGAGAGGAAAAAAUAAAAAAGAGAAACUUGAAGAUUUCUUUAAAAACAUGGUUAAAUCAGCAGAUGGAGUAAUUGUUUCAGGAGUAAAGGACGUAGAUGAUUUCUUUGAGCAUGAACGAACAUUUCUUUUAGAAUAUCAUAACCGAGUUAAGGAUGCAUCUGCUAAAUCUGAUAGGAUGACAAGAUCCCACAAAAGUGCUGCAGAUGAUUACAAUAGGAUUGGCUCUUCGCUAUAUGCUUUAGGAACUCAGGAUUCUACAGAUAUAUGCAAGUUUUUUCUCAAAGUUUCAGAACUAUUUGAUAAAACCAGAAAAAUAGAAGCACGAGUGUCUGCUGAUGAGGACCUCAAACUUUCUGACCUUUUAAAAUAUUACUUAAGGGAAUCUCAAGCUGCUAAGGAUCUCCUGUAUCGAAGAUCUAGGUCACUAGUGGAUUAUGAAAAUGCUAACAAAGCACUGGAUAAAGCAAGAGCGAAAAAUAAAGAUGUUCUUCAGGCUGAGACAUCCCAACAAUUAUGUUGUCAGAAAUUUGAAAAAAUAUCUGAAUCUGCAAAACAAGAACUUAUAGAUUUUAAGACGAGAAGGGUUGCCGCAUUCAGAAAAAAUUUAGUGGAACUGGCAGAGUUAGAACUGAAGCAUGCAAAGGGUAACCUACAGUUGCUGCAGAACUGCUUGGCAGUGUUAAAUGGAGACACAUAAGCCACACUCCGCCUUUGGUUAAAAAGGCUGCCUUCCUUCAGAUUUUAUUUUUGUUUUCUUAAUGAGAUUAGGCAUUUCUGCUCACUGGAAACAAAAGAAACAGCUGACCAAGUGCGUCUACUCUCCUUUUUUCUGAGAAGGCGAUGGAGCGGUGCCGUCCACGGGGUUUUGCGGGUCCGUCCGUCGUGUGUGGUGGAACGCUGCCCUCCUGCAGCUCCCCGUGUGCUGCCUGGGAACGGUUGUCCAUCACCGUUGCGCUCCUCCUCUUCCGAAGCGCCAGCGUUCAUGUCCUUUUUUAAGUAGCCUCUGUAACUGUCUUUAUUUUCUGAAUAGCGUUCCUUAUGGCUGCCAAUCUUAUUUCCCUUUAAGUAAUUUCUGAUGUUUAACCCUCUCAAAGAUGCAUUGUUCAGACAAGGAUAAAGGUUGCCAUUACCUUUUGUUUUCUUUUGGUGUUUUUGUUAUGUUUUUGUUUUGUUUUGUUUUUUUAAAAAACAUUGUAUGCCACCUUAGUUCAUCCAUGUAUCCUGGUAAAAAGCAUCUUAAUCAGACUUAUUUUUAAUUAAUGAACAUUUCUUAGAAGUUUUGGGACAGACUUUAUGUAAUCUUUAUAAGUAUGAUUUCUGAUGAAAAGCGACUGCAUUAGUAUGUUUGCCUUAAACUUGUAGACUAAACCGACUAUUGUCAAAUAAAACCGUGGUAACAGUGAUAGUUUUUUAACUCUGUGGUCAUUGUAUCACUCUAAAAUUUGGAGUAGCUAUAAUCAAUCUACUCCCUCGUUAUGCUUUACAGUGCAGGUCUUCUCUCUUUUUUCUCUGAAAAUGGCAUGUUGAACCAGGUUCACCAAUCCCCUUACGAAAGAAUGAACUGCUUCUCUGUGUGCUCUCACGCCUUUCCUAGAAGAUGGAAUUUGGCAGGGGCAGGUUCGAAACAGCUGUUUCUAAAAUACAGGAGGCAGACAGAAUGGUCCGUCUGUGAUGGUUUCCUGAAUUCCAUCCCCUAGCCGGGCCAGUUAACGCCUGCGACGACGCCAUCGAGCCACUUGAAUAGUUCUACUAGUGUACGGAUUGGUAUGGAGAGAGAAGGAGUGCUGUAAGGAACAGCCCUCGUGAGGGGGGGGGAGGGGGGGGGGAGCGGGAAUUGGAAUAUUUGGAAUGGAAGGCUCCAAAAAGGAUACUAGUUACAAUACAAAUAUGAUUGGCCCUUUUUAUGUGAAGUAUCGCCACGUCAUUUCUAAUUUAAAAUUCGAUUGUGUGGUUUGGUUUUUUUCAACUGUCUAACUUUUCUUCCAGUUGGAAACCACAGGUAUUUGGGUUGGUCACCUUGUAGGUGGGUUCCUCGUUUACAUUUUCCCCACCCCUGGUCUAGGUCUUCUGAGUAGUCACCAUGAUCCCAGCCUUGCUCAUCCAGCAUGUUCUCUUGCCUUACUGGUGUGCUGGUUCAACGUUUCUCUUCGUUCACAUGGCGUUGUUCCCUGGUUAUUCCCUGAUGUCGUUUGUACUACCCCCCCCCCCCCCCCCCGUUUGCCUGAGAAAUCUGUGUGUUUGGCCCUCCUGUCUGUCCCCUUCACUGGUGAGAAGACGCCCACGGCGAUGCUCAGCAGUGGAUGAACGGGACAGAG